AUGAAAAAAUUAAUAGAGAUUAUUGCUUUGCUAAUUCAUAACUUUGCACUCGGAAAAAUUGAUGUCGCGCCUGAAGAUAGAAUCACUUUAUUCAACAAAAUUAUGGGAGAUUUGUUCAAUAACUGCGGAGCGGAAUUCGGAACAAUUGGAUUCUGGAGUGGUGAUGAAAUAUUACGGAGACUGGACGACAAAAUCGUAAAUAAUAUUGUUUUGCUAAACAACGAAAAUCUAGUCUUAGAGGAUUUUAAUCGAAGGAUCAAUGUUUUAAUAGUCAUUGUUGAACCAUCAGGCUCCUUCCCCAAAUUUGCUAAAAAAGACAGUCUGACAAUUCAGUUAGAAAUGAUUGUUGUAUUCGUAAAACAUAAUUCCCAUACAACAUUAAUGAAUAAAAUAUUCCGAUAUUUUUAUUCCUUGUUUGAAACUUCAAAAUUUUAUUGCUGCAAAAAUUCAGAAGAAGAAAGAUCGAUUGACAUAAUAACUUUAAAUCCGUACACAGCAUACGCGCCGUCAUUUUGGGAGAAAAUUAAUGACACAAUUAUUGAUGAUUAUAACAAUUGGAGCUUUUUUAAAUCCCAAUACACUGAAGAAACUGGAAUUAUCUAUAAUAUCGAAUUAUGCAGAAAUAUAAUAUUUGAUCGCACGAAGAACUUGACUGGCCACACAAUAAAAACACUCAAUCGAAUCAGAAGUUUGACAAAGAAAGUUUAUUUUAUCAACAAAUUAAUUACUAAAAAUACUGAUAAUCAAGAAAUAAAUAAUUUACAGUUGCGAUUAUUUGAAAAACACCUCAUUCGCAUAUUGGUGAAAUAUUUGGACGUAUCAAUCAACAUAACUUACGGCUAUCCAGGUGAAGAUUAUUCUUUUGAUGAAUUCAAAAAGAUUCGACCUUUGUUCUACAAUCACUCAGCAGAUUUAACUCUUACAUUUUUAACCAAACCCGAAUAUAGAAAAAAUGCCGAGACUCUGGAAGAUCUCAAAGAUCAGAGUUACCUGAAAAUUUAUGCGCUACCCUCAAAUAAAAACUACAUAAAGGAUCCUCUGUUGUGGAAUAAAACGAUGUUUGCUAGUACUCAAUAUCUCAAGAACAUAAUUAUAAACGAGUCUGUCGCUUUCGUCAGUGACAUAAUCCAUUUGCAGCGUUUUAAAGUUAACAAAAAUUUUCAGGUUUCCAAAAAUCUUCUGAACCUCGGAUUCAGCGUCCUGUUGAUGAGACACAGUUGGCCAUUACAGAAGCGCGUUAAUAAUGUAAUUAUGCGUAUAACACAAUCUGGUAUUAUGGACCACUGGUACGAUGGAAAUCAACAAAUCAUAGAACGAAACUCUAAAAUGAUUGAAGAAGAAUAUGAAGACUACUACCGGCCCAUUCAGUUUGAUGAUAUUUUCACAUUCAUUUUGUUGGUUCUCGGAAUACUCUGUGCGCUUGGAUGUUUUAUUUGUGAAGUGUUCAUCAGAGUUUUUACGACUAGC